CCCCUCCUCAUCACUUCCUCUCGGCGGCCAUUUUGUGUUUGUUCCCGUCACGCUGUGUGAGGGUCUCUCUCCCGCCAGGCGGGUCCCCCCAACCUGAGCCGCACCCCAAGUCUGUCACACGGGGUGUCCGUGAUGGCUGCCACUCCGAGCCCCGAGGUAUGUGAAAUGGGGGUCCUGGGCUGCGGAGCUAGCAAUCUAACCUGCACUGGGCUGCAGAGCUGGCAAUCUAACCUGCACUGGGCUGCAGAGCUGGCAAUCUAACCGGCCCUGGGCUGCAGAGCUGGCAGUCUAACCGGCCCUGGGCUGCAGAGCUGGCAAUCUAACCUGCACUGGGCUGCAGAGCUGGCAAUCUAACCAGCCUGGGCUGCAGAGCCGGCAAUCUAACCGGCCUGGGCUGCAGAGCCAACAAUCUAACCGGCCCUGGGCUGCAGAGCUGGCAAUCUAACCGGCCCUGGGCUGCAGAGCUGGCAAUCUAACCGGCCCUGGGCUGCGGAGCUGGCAGUCUAACCAGCCUGGGCUGCAGAGCCGGCAAUCUAACCGGCCCUGGGCUGCAGAGCUGGCAGUCUAACCGGCCCUGGGCUGCAGAGCUGGCAGUCUAACCGGCCCUGGGCUGCAGAGCUGGCAGUCUAACCGGCCCUGGGCUGCAGAGCUGGCAAUCUAACCGGCCCUGGGCUGCAGAGCUGGCAGUCUAACCGGCCCUGGGCUGCAGAGCUGGCAGUCUAACCGGCCCUGGGCUGCAGAGCUGGCAGUCUAACCGGCCCUGGGCUGCAGAGCUGGCAGUCUAACCGGCCCUGGGCUGCCGUGCUUGGCAGUCUUGCCUUCCCCAGACGAGGAGGCACUCUGUACUGGCAGUAAGUCCCAGCAGAUGGAGUACAUUAAAGGGAUGCUAUAGUCUUAGGAAUACAGGUCCCCCCCCCCCUCCCUCGUGCCCCCCUUGAGUGAUGAAAAGCCCUUGAUUUUUUUUUUAUACCCCAUUUCCACACAUUCUUGUCAUCCGGUGUGCGCACUAGUCCCUCCCCCUAAGAAAGCAUUGCCCCAGUGCUUCCCUAUGGUGAGUCAGUUAGAAUAUAAUGGGACAGGUCACUGCACCCAGACCACUUCAAUAAGAUGAAGCGGUCUCUCUGCCUGUAGUUAACUCAGACAUUCUUCUUCACCUCUUGUCUGUUAACCAUUUGUAUGCCCACUCCUUACCAGUUAUCCCCAUGCUAUGAUUAUAAAUGUUAGUGCUAUAUUGUACUGACAGUGCAGACGGGAUAUUCCAUACCGCCAGUCAGCCCAGCUUGAAAGCGAUUGUCACUUCUGGGAUCUUACAUGGUGACAUGGCCUCCUGUGUUAUGGUGAUUACUUACCUUAAGGAGCCCUGCCAUCUUCUUGCUACCAUACUUUUUCAACAUUGUGUAUGAAAUGCAUGAAUUUGCUGCAAAACCCCAGGCUGUGCAGCGUUUCCAGUGAGCUCUCACUAAACCAGGAACUAACUGAUUACUGUACUUUCUGUAAGAAUUUCUAGGAGUUGCAGUUUAAUUGUCCGCUGUUGUAAAAAGCUGAACUGAUUUGGGGGCAAAAAAGAAAACACUGGCAGGAGGCUCAGAUGGCCUGCUUUACUAUAACAGAAAAUAACACCCAGGAAAACUAUAAUUUAGGCUAUAGAUUGUAUCAAAUGUGUUGAUACGUGGCAUCUCCCUUUAUCUAACAGACACCUUGGUGAUACCCAUAGCUGGAUUGAUUGCCCAGUAUCCCUUCCUAGAGCCCUGGCCUGUGAUUGUGUGCGUGUCUGUGGUGACUGAGUGUUUCGUAUGUAAGAGUGGGUGUAGUGUGGGGGUUGCUGAGAGCUGCUGGUUGUGUGUGUGUAACUGAAUUUUGUGUGUGGAGGAGUCUUGGUGUUGUAUUUGGGAGCGGGUUAACUUGUUCCCUCCUGCUUACGUUUUGCUGGAGGGGAUCAACCCCUGGUUGUCUAGUGUAGGCGAUUACUUGCGGGAUCUCUGGAGACCAAUGUACCCUGGGGGUGCAUUGUCAUGGUCUUUACGCUCCCUUCAAGGUGCACUAAAACAAAAUUAGAUAAUGAAACUGUUUUGGUGUAUAGAUCGUGCCCCUGCAGUGUCACUACUCAAUUCUCACCAUUUAGGAGUUAAAUCACUGUUUAUGUACCCCUAGUCACACCUCCCUGCAUAUGACCAAAACAGUUCCACUACACACUUUCUGUAGAUGUUUAAAAGGGUUCUAUAGUGCCAGGAAAACAAGUCUUCCUGGCACUGUAGAAUCCUACAGUGCUCCCGCUGGGCUGAAACCCCUUCAGUCAUUUACCUGAAUCCAGCACCAGUGUCAGCUGGCGGGGGAUACCUAAUGCGCAUUAGGUAUUCCCCCUAGGAAAGCUUUAUUCAAUACUCUCCUAUGGGGACAAAUCUGACGCUGGAAGUCCUCAUGCCGUCAUAUACCGGACCAAAGGUCCGUUUCAAACCAGGAAGUCCCUCUAGUGGCAGUCUGGUAGACAGCCACUGGAGGUGGAGUUAACCCUGGAUAGUAAUUAUUGCCGUUUCUCAAAAACCGCAAUAAUUACUAUUGCAGAGUUAAGGGACAUGGGAUAUUGCAACCAUAUCACUUCAAUGAGCUGAAGUGGUCUGAGUGCCUACAACGUCCCUUUAAACUUCCUUUUUUUACGCAGUGUUUUUAAUUUAGAAUUUCUUAUCUCUUUCUGGAACCUGAAGCAACCUCCUGUUACUCUUUGUAGAAUGUUUAUUAGCACUCCAUAAAUCGCAAUUUGCACUUUUUAUUAUUUUGUUGUAAUCUUGAUAAGAAUGUCACUGCUACAAUGACAAUCAGUAGCAGAAAGUCAGGUGUCAUCCCUCGAUUAUCCAUGCCUUUUGUAUAUAGGUAAUUUGAGAUGUAGUAUAUGGACACAUGCUAUCAUCAUGUACACUCACAAAUAUAUCAUAUUCUGUUCUAAACAAACCUGUUGCUGCAUUAAUCUGCACUCUGCAUCUAUGAAAUGGCCAGUGCUUGUCAGCCAUUGCUGUCUGGAAGUUAAUUGAAUGCUUUUUGUCUUGCAGGGGCCUGUGACCUUCGAUGACGUAGCUGUGUUUUUCUCGGAGGAUGAGUGGAAUAUGUUGAAUGACUAUCAGCGAGCACUCUACAUGGAGGUGAUGAAAGACAACUACGAGCACUUCAUUUUCUUAGGCAAGCCAUUUUUUUUCCCCCACUAACUUUUAGCCAAGAUAUGGAGCAGACUAUGGGAUACCUCGUUCAGUUGACCGGUACCCACCAUAAGCACUUCUCUCCUUACUGUUUCUUGCAGAUUUACGAUGGGUUAUACAAAGGGGCUUUGUGGGUCGCAUCUCUUGCUAUUCCAGACUGCAUGUGUCUCAGCAAUUAUACAGAAAGCAGUUAUUGGACUUGCACUUAAAUAGAUUCCUCUGGCACAGAACUUUUAUUGAUUUGUUUUUAAACUGGUCGAUCAGUUUAUCACAUCAAUCAGGACACGACUAGUUGCUAUACGGGCACGUUAGAUAUAUCCCCCUAUAGUUUCUGUGUAGCAUCCCUUAACCAUGGCGCUGUCAGUACCAGUAAAGGGACACUAUAGUCACCAAAACAACUUUAGCUUAAUAAAGCCGUUUUUGUGUAUAGCGUCCCUGCAUGUGACUUACACAGCUUUAGUAAACACGUCCUGUAAAUAGUCAUCUAAUGUUUACACUUCAUUUAUUGCAAAUUCUGUUCAAUUAAGAAUGUAUCUCCUCUGUUAAAAGCUUGCUAGACCCCGUGGGAACUCCCUAUACGUGAUUAAAGUUCAAUUUACACAGCAGGAGAUUUAAAAAAUCGUAUAAAAUUUGUUCAAUCUGUUUGAAAGUAUUUUGUUUUCAUGCUGACUAUGUCAGUCACUGCCAGGGGAGGUGUGGCUAGGGCUGCAUAAACAGAAACAAGUGAUUUAACUUCUAAAUGACAGUGAAUUGAGCAGUGAGACGGCAGUAGUAUGAUUUAUACACCAAAACUGCUUCAUUAAGAUAAAGUAGUUUUUGUUUUUAUUACUAUAGUGUCCCUUUAAUGUGCAGUUUUUGGUAACUUAGAUCCAGCCCAUGUCACAGCUCACCCUAAUUAUAUAAUGUGUAAUCCUACCAAUACAUGAAACACAUGGUGUGCGUGCAGGGACAGACCUAUGGAAAGCACCUUUUACUUAUAUUCGAAACAAAAAGGAGUAUCAUGCAUUAUCCCUACUACAACGGCCAAUUCGCAGUAACCACGCUUUGUUCCUCUGCCCUUUUCUCUUGAUAUGAAGGAAUGAUUAAAGGUUUUGUGAGGGUAGACUAACUGAAUAUGAGAAAUGUGUAUCUUUAACUAAAACAAGUGUACUUUCAGGAUAAACUUUGUAUAUAUGUCAUGUCUUCUCUAUUGGGAGCCUGAAAAGUUGUUGCAUGAUUCUCUAAUUAUUGUGUUUCACGUUGCUAGGUUGUGAGGUGCCCGUCAUAUUAUCAUUGCUGCAGGAUAGAGGCAACGGUGGUGCGGACUCACAGCCCUCCUCACUGAACACUCCAGGUAUGUGUGCAAUGACGGGGAGCACUCUCGUAAAUGUCAGAGUGGCUCCUGAUAUCGUCUAGUGUUCCCCAUCUAUGUCGAAUUUAAAAGAAAUCUGUAUUAAACGGACCUGCUUCACUUUACAAUUAUUAUUUAAAUCCGAAAGCAAACACUUUUAAAUAAAUAUACAAACCAAAAUAAAACCAGAGAAAUCAAUCCCACUCAUCUCAGUUUCAGGCCAGCCUGUUAGUGACAGAAACAGGGCAUUAUUGUGCAGCAGCAUGGAGCCAGCUAACUCUCUGGUCUGAGUGUCCCGUCCCGUCCCCCUCUGGUCUGGUGUCCCCCCUCUCUGGUCUGAGUGUCCUCUCUGGUCUGAGUCCCUCCCUCUCUGGUCUGAGUCCCCUCCCCGUCCCCUCUCUCUGGUCUCCCCUCUCUCUGGUCUGAGUCCCCCCCCCUCUCUGGUCUGAGUCUCCCGCCCCCUCUCUCUGGUCUGAGUCGUCCGCCUCCCCCUCUCUGGUCUGAGUCUCUUCCCCUCCCUCUCUCUGGUCUGAGUCCGUGUCCCCUCUCUCUCUCUCUCUCUCUCUCUGGUCUGAGUCCCCGCCCCUCUCUGGUCUGAGUCCCUCUCUCUCUCUCUCUGGUCUGGGUCCCCUCUCUCUCUCUCUCUGGUCUGAGUCCCUCUCUCUCUCUCUGGUCUGAGUGUCCCUCUCUCUCUCUCUGGUCUGAGUCCCUCUCUCUCUCUGGUCAGAGUCCUCCCCCCCCCCUCUCUCUGGCUCUGCUCCUCUUUUGCCUUCUUGACGGAGAACAUUAGAAUUUGCUAUCUCAGUCAAUUCAAUGCUUUCCAUAGGCUGUUGCACACGCGCGGCAAAACGCUGAGCCAGUCCGCAUCUCCUCAUAGAAAUUGAAUUAAUGCAUCUCUCUGGAAAAUGUUCGUGUCCGUGCUGAGGGUGGAGAUUGUGAACGUCGUGCAGCACUGACCCAGGAAGCACCUCUAGUGGCUGUCUGAGUGAGUGCCACUGUAGUUAUCCCUAGGCUGUAAUGUAAACACUGCCUUUUCUCUGAAAAAUUAGUGUUUACAAUGAAAGGCUGCUGGGACUGACUGUACUCACCAGAACAAAUACAUUAAUCUGUGUACCGCCUGUUAAUCUGUGUUUGUUCUGGUGACUAUAGUGUCCCUUUUAAGCUUUUCGAAUGAGACAGUUUUCUCAGUGAUGCAUUUCCCUUUAACACUGUUAGAGUAAGUUAGUUAAUCUAGGGGAUUGGGUCCUCGUUCGUAUUACAUUUAGGAUUAUGGUUAGAACGAGAUUUGGGGUUUGGUUUAAAUGAAACCUUCUAUUUAAGUUUAACGGUUUCCCAACUCCCAGUGACAUGUCUCAAUGAUGUGUAUCCCUUUAAGACUUCUCUGUUUUGAAGCGGAAUGACAGUUUGCUUGGCUCUGAGGUAGGAAAGGGUUAACAUACGCAUCCUGUAAGUCUACUACGAUAUCAAAAAAGAGUCCUGGGCAAAAUACCUCUGAUAUGCGAUUAUUUAUGCCAUGUUUUAGUAUGAUCAAGAACUAUCUUACUGUACGUAGUCCUUAUAUCUAUAUUUCAGUACAGUCCAGGAUGGUAUCAGCGGAAACUGCUGUUUGUAAUAUUUGUAGUUUGCAGAUAAGCCCUCGGUUCUAGUUCUUGUCUUUUUGAAUACAACUCCUGGGGUGAGACAGUAAUGUGGUUUAAUGUUUAAAUUGUUGAGUGUAUAAAUUGUGUAUAAUGCUUAAAUUAAGUGAGUGUAUAUAUUUAAAAAGUAAAGGGACUCUGUUAAGUUAAUGCAGUCUGUUUGAUUUAAUUUAUUUCUUUUCACUAUCUUAUCUUGCCUCCAUUUAUAUGAAUUUAGAUGGAACGGAGGUGGUCGCUCCAAAGAAAGGCCCAUAUAAAACGGCAAAACAACUUAUAUUAAACCAGUACAUACAGCAGAAUGGGGAUGAAAGCAGCCAUGAUGAGAACAAUAUGGAUGAGUCUCCUCCUGCCCAUGGUCGAAACCUGAGAAAGCGCAGACAGUAUUUCUGCUCAGAGUGUGAAAGCUGUUUCCGGCACAGUUCGGCAUUGGAAGCUCACCGCCGAGUACACAAUGGUGAUAAACCACACCAGUGUGAUAUAUGCAAUGCUAACUUCUCAUACAAGUCUGCACUAAUUGUUCACCGCAGACAGCAUUACCAUCCUUCAACCAGCAGCUUUCAAAACGUGGAAAACAUAACUCCAGUAGAAUUCAUUAAACCUAACAGAUCUCCAGUGCCAACACCCAACGGAUCCCCUGUCCUAGCUACAAACAUACCACCAGCAUCCACUGGCCUUGUGACAGUUACUCCCAGACCUGUCCAGACUAACAGAAUUCUCAGUGAAAGUUCUGGUGAACGUGGCAGUCCCUCACUAGGGGAAAAGCCUCUUAAAUGUGCUUACUGUGAUAAGAGGUUUAAUGACCAGUCCAUCCUUGAAGCUCACCACAGGAUACACACAGGUAAACAGGCCUACCCCUGCACCAUGUGUGAUGAGAGCUUCUCCAAACCAUCCUUGCUUGCUGCCCACAACAACACCCACAAAGAAGGCAAGCCCUUUCAAUGUGACCAGUGUGACAAAAACUUUAAUGACCAGUCGCUUCUGAUUGCCCACAAGAGAACUCACACAGGGGAGAAACCUCACAAAUGCAGCCACUGCAACAAAUGGUUCCCUAACCGCACCACUCUGGUUGUCCACGAAGAGAGCCACUUAAAGCCAAAGCCCUACAAAUGCAAGCACUGUGAAAAAAGCUUCAAUGACAAGUCACUGCUCACUACCCACGAAGGCGUGCACACAGACACAAAGCCCUUCAAGUGCACACAGUGCAGUGAGAGCUUCUUCCUGAAGACACAGCUGGUGUCACACCAGGCUAUCCAUGCUCCCGACAAGCCCUUCCCGUGCAGCCAGUGCGAACGAAGUUUCAACAAGAAAGAGACUCUGCUGGCUCACAUUCGUGUCCACAACAUUCAGAACAUUCAGACACAGAAGCCACGGAGGCAGUGAGUUUACAUCAGGAGUAAUGUACGAAUGGUUAGACUCUGCAGUCCACCUUUAAACAGUCUGCUUCCAUCAUGACUUGACGUUCACUAGCACUGUGGCUGCAGCAAAUAUUAUAGAGUUAAGCCUAAAACACCCUGCUGGCAAUGUUUGUCACUUUUUCCAGGGUCUGUAUAUAGCUCUCUGUAGAUUUCCUUUUAAUUUUUCACAUUAGUCUCUUGUCCUGUCUGGUUUUUGAGUUAUACAUGUAAUAUACUGGCAGGUAAGUUGCUUUUGGCCUUUAGGUUUCCUCUAAAACAUCCCUGUUAAAUAAGACUCUGAGUUCACUACGUGUUUGUUACCCUGUGUGACAUGCGCUUCAGAGAUUAGUUUGUGUAGAUACCAUUUUGAAAGCUCUGAUUUGACGCACUGUACAUUGGCACGACUUGUUGGGUCUCCUGUCCUUGGUCCGUGUUCCCCCCCUGAAGCGGUACGGUGAGUUUACAUCAGUUGGAGCCAGUUUGAGGGGAGUUUGUGGUCACCUACCCCUCUUUUUAUAAGCUGGCGGUUUUUGUCUUUCAAGGGAAGGUGGCUAAAUUCUCAGCUUUGGCAAGAAGAUAAAGUUGUGUUAGUUACAGGGAUUUGGUGAACAGUCUGCGCAGCACUCACUCCAGCAAACUGCAUUUUCUGUUUACUUUAAAAAAAAAAAAAACCCUCCUAAUAGUAUUGCAGAGCAGAACCCAAUGUAUAUUUUUGUCUCCUGGAAGACCGCAAGUUCUGUUUAUGCCAUGAUUUGAUAUUGGCCCAUAGAAGGUGGCUACUAUGCUGAUUAGAUUGGCUGUAAAAUUCUCAAUGUAUAUCCAGGAAUCCGUAAAUACAAUGAAACGUUCGUUAAAAUUAACUAUUACAGAAUUCAUUAAAAACUGAAACUUCCUAUAAAAAUGUUACCUUCUUUUUUUGGAGACUGUUCGUUAAAGCUGACAUUUGGCAGACUUGACCAGGGAUUACACAUUUUGUCCUAAAAUUGGAAACACUCCUUUUUAGUUGUCCAUAUUGAGCGGUUUAUUGAAUAACUCUGUGAUUAUCCCUUUCAAAGGUAAAUGUUGCAUAGCUCCAUAGCACUUAAAAGCAUAAAGAUAGGGCAUUUCUAGUGAGGGGUCUGAAAAUAAAAUCCUGCAUGAUAAAAAGUUAGUAAAGCUUCUGGAGAAAGGGAAAACCAGGACACUUAUCCCUAAAAUCCCCACUUAGUUCUCCUCUUAUUACAGGAACAUGGUGGGCACUGUAACCAUUUAAUUGAAGUGGUUACAGUGCCUGGUGCUGUUCCUCCGUUCUGUGUUGAACCCGUUUUAAGCAAUGAACGUCUCUGGCUUCCCAUAGCUCCUCCUCCACUGGAGGUGUGAUUAAGGAGAUCACACACUUCCUUGUAGCCAUAGCAGUUCAUACAAGCAAUAGUUCUGUAAUAGGCUGAAAGCAGUCAGAUGACACUCAACCAAUCACAGCUGCUCAACCCCUUAAGGACCAAACUUCUGGAAUAAAAGGGAAUCAUGACAUGUCACACAUGUCAUGUGUCCUUAAGGGGUUAAGCUAAUGCUUCCUUGUUAGUUCAGGCAGCACAGAGGAAUGCGUUGCUGGGGCCUUUAGUUUAGCAUUUCAAACUGACGCUGAAUGGAAGGAUGCUAUGGGACUCGACACUAUAGCCACUUUAAUGAGAUGAAGACGUUGCCUACACUCUAAUUUCUCUGUAGGCUGGUGAAAUCACAUGAAAAAAGAGGUUUACAUUUUUUGAAAACUUUCAAAUACAUCCUUACAUCCAGGAAAUGUGUAUCCCCUCCCCGGCAGAUCCACCAUGGGCAUUUGUCAUAAAUUCAUGUGUAAUCUGGCACAGUUUUGUCGGAUGGUGACUUGGUUUGUGUGGUCUAAGUAUAUUCUAUCUUUUUUAAAGUUUACUAUUGUCAUUUCUCAGUACGUUUAAUAAAUCUAAUCUUCCCCUAGCAAAUUUGAAAAUAUUGUAUAUUCAAAGGAUACAAAGCCCAGUCUUGGGUCUUUAAUUGGUUGCACUUUGUAGCAGUUGACUCAAUGAUGUUCUCCUGCCUUGUAAUGGACUCCGCUAAAGCAGUCUCUCUCAUUUCUCUGUAAUGCCAUCUAUUCUUUGCUAUGGGAGAGCUUUCUAAGUUUGAUCAAUUUCUUGGUUCGGUAUACAUUAUGCAAAACUACACCUUAAUGUACAGCAAGUCAAGAACCAACCAAUAGGACUGCGUUACUGAACUACAUUUAUUAAAUUGUAAAUCUUGUGACGGUUUGAAACGAAGGCGCCAACACUUUUACAAUGAUUUAUUUUAUUCUGCAUCAUUGUGCGGGAGUUCCUUCUAAAAUAGUUUGAUCAUUCAUUAAUGUGUAGAGUGGAUAGCAAGGGCUUGUUUAUGUAAGGAAACGAACUUCUAGAUACACUAGCAGAGUCCAGAACAAAGGCAAAGUGUGUGGUGUUUUUGGCAAUUAAGCAUAAUCCAUGUGCAUUGCAUUCUGGGAGAGCACAAUGUCUCACCAAAUAGAUACGCCACUAAUUAGGAAAACUAGCUGAACUAUUACACACCACUAGUCUGCCAAUGGUGUGCUUAUAACUGCUAUAACAUCCCCCCUCUCAGGCAUGGUUAGAUAGCCGUUAUUUCAGCUAGAAGGCUUUAUAUACGAAGUACAAUCAAGCUAUAGCUUUGCCAGGAGUUUAAACAUUGUACUAUCUGGAGAAUGGCUUGAAAUAGGAAUUAGAAUCUGGGUUUAUCAGAAGAAAAACCAUGUUUUCUGGAAUGUGAUUUUUAGGAUUUUGUUUUUGUUUUAAUCCUGUUCUCUGCAUUUAAUAGAUUUCUAGCGCAGCCUGGUGGAGAGCUGUAACAUAUACUGGGAUUGACAGGAAAUGGCUAUAAUUUCUGUGUAAUAUUUAUUGAAGAACCUGUAGGUAUGUCCAGACAAUGCAUGUCCAUGGAAAUACUCGGGGAGAAUAAUUCAUUAUUUGAGUGUUUACGGUACAUGGAAUGAUCUGACUGCGUGGACUGGAGGCUGUGGAUUAAGCACUCAUCCUGCUGUUUGAACCCUCUGUCAAUAAACUUAUUAUAAACUGAUGGUACACAGCUAAUGAAACUCUUCAUCCGAUAGACCUAUGAGUUUAAAUGAAGCCCUUAUUUACAACUACUCCAGCCCUAGAUUAACCGUGCAUGCCAUAUAUUGCUUGGUUUGGGUGUAUAUACACAUGUCACAGUAUUUUUCUCUUAGGUAAACUCCAACUUAAUCUUACAUUUUAAGACCUGUAAAAUGUUGAAUUCUGUGUUUUUAUAUAAAAGUAUAAUUAGUGAAUGGGAGUAUUUUUUUUCUUUAGUGUGUUACUGAUUGUUCUAAAAUGAACAGUAAGCACUUCACUUGCAGGGUUAUCACUAGAAGUGAAUUUGAAAUGUAAAACCAAUUUAAAAUGUCUAAUCUGCUUCAACAUGUUCGCUGCUCCGUGUGUCUGAAUAGAGCUGUUAAAAUAAAAGCUGACAAUGGGUGGACUUUAAGGGAAGGUUGCUUUUCGAACCCACAAUCCAUCAGUAAGAUUAAAGAGAUUCUAUAGUUCCAGGAAAACAAAGCUGUUUUCCUGACACUAUAGUUUCCUACAGUGCCCUUCUCCCUCGGCACUAAAGGG